AUGGGCGUGAUUCAAGAUGGCAGAGUGGCGGGAACACUGCCCAGCAAUGAGGUCUUUGCUGUUCACUACCCUGGCUAUCCUUCUUCAACUUCUCGCGCCAUCCAAACUCUGGGUGGAACUAAAGCAAUUGUGGAGGCUCGAACUUCGAAAUCGAACAAUUUGGAGCUCUAUUUUCGUCCAGAGGAUCCCAACUCCCGUCCUAUUUCAGGAGAGCUUGGUCCUUGUAGUGGCUUGCUGCUAAAAAUUUCCAAAACCCAAUCACUCUCCCAGAAUGCAAAAUGUUCAACUAGUGCUGACAAUGGUCGGAAUGAAGUGGCAGAUGAAGUGAAAGUUAACGCUGAGAUUGUUGCUCGGGUCACCGAAGCUUAUCGCUUUGAAGGAAUGGCGGACUAUCAACAUGUAGUGGCUGGGCAUGCUGACAGAGCACGCACGACAAAAAGGAGCUGGACUGAAAUGGAUCAAACACAUUUUGACAGGGUUGGUCUCGUGGAUUUAGAUCAAGAGGAUGUAAUGAUUUUGCCCCCGCCAUUUUUUUCAGCCAAAGAUACUCCUAGUAAUGUAGUGUUGAAACCAUCAACCAUGACAAGUUCAAAGAAGAAACAGGAGGAAGCAGUUGAAAAUUAUGUAGAGAUGAAUCUGGAGCCUGCCCUCGCUAUUGAUUUUAACAUAAAAGAUAUCCUGAUUAUACCCAAGAAAAUAAAUUGGGAAGAAUAUGUAGCUCAUAACUCAAGGAUGCAGGAGGCACUGCUGGCUUUAUCUGAGUUGUUUGAGGAGCGACCGAUAUGGCCUAAAGAGUCUCUCGUGCAGCGGUUACUUGAGAAGGAUCUACAUUUUAAUCACCAAUCACUCAAAAGACUUCUAAUAAUGGUGGCAUACUACUUUUUAGGUGGACCAUUCCGCAUGUUUUGGAUCCGAAAAGGAUAUGAUCCUCGUCAAGAUUCUGCAUCUUGCAUCUAUCAAAGAGUUGAUUUUCGAGUCCCACCUGCACUUAGACGUUAUUGUGAAAUUUAUGCUGCUAAAGGUUUAAAACAGAGAUGGAAGGAUUUAUGCAAGUUUGAAGCUUUUCCUUACAAAUGCCACACAUCGCUCCAACUCUUUGAACUUGUUGAUGAUUACAUUCAAGAAGAGAUAAAGAAACCACCCAAGCAGACGACUUGCACUUAUGGAUCAGGGUGGUUCUCUCAGCAGGAGCAUGAUACCCUAAAAUUUCGUGUGAUGGUAAGAUUCCUGUCAGUAUAUCCACAACCUGGUGCACAAAAAUUACACAAGGCUGCUUCCGAAUAUUUUGAAAAGUCAAAGAAGAUGUGUGCCUUAAAACAGUGUCAAAAGGAAGACCAACAGACUCACACAGAUGAUAAUUUGGACGAAAAUCAGCACGAGAUGGAGGAUGUUGCUACUGAUAAUCUUGUUGCUGAUGAUGAUGAAGAAGAGGAGAUCGAUGCAUACGACGCUUUGGAUUUGGCUGAGGAAGAUGACGAAUUCUCGCUGCAUUCAGAUUCAUAUUUGGGUACUGGGAGCAACUCAAGAAGCUAUCUUCAAGAUCUCUUUGAUAGCUUUCCGGCAACUGAAGUUGAAGGUGGGAAAAUACAUGACGAUGCUGACAGCAGUGAUGGUGAAUAUCAAAUACUCGAGCAAGAUGACGACAAUUACUCCGACGACGAUUAUGAAUGA